UCCCCAGUCCGUGUGAAACAAACAAAGCCCGACAGUGAACACAUAGAGAUGGCGCUGCGAGCCUGUGGCUUCAUAGUGUUCCGCCUGGCCGACUCUCUUCCCCCCCCAGACAACAUCGAGUACCUCCUGCUGCAGACGUCCUACGGCAAGCACCACUGGACCCCACCCAAAGGUCAUGUGGACCCAGGGGAGGAUGACCUCACCACAGCCCUGAGAGAGACCAAAGAGGAGGCGGGGCUUGGGGCAGAUCACCUGCGGGUGGUUGACGGCUUUUUGCAGGAGCUGCGUUACAAAGUGCAAGGCAAACCCAAGGAGGUGCUGUACUGGCUGGCCGAGCUGAGAGACCCAGGAGCAGCAGUGAUUUUGUCGGACGAGCACCAGGACUUCCGCUGGGCCCGGCUGGAGGAGGCCUGCACCCUGGCCGAGUACAAAGACCUGCAGGACACACUGAGAGCAGCACAGACACACUUACAAGCUAGGGAAGACCAACAGUGAUGUGGCAGGGUUUAGGCUGAACAGAGAGGAUGCUUACAGAGAUGGCAUUCAAGAUGAUGUGUCAACUGGCAUGUUGAAACAUCAUCUCUUUUGGCAUCCAGUCUGAAAGCACUGCUUUUAAUUCAUGCAACAGAAUAAUGUUGUCUCUUUUCUGAAUGAACUGUAUUUUGUCUGUGCUGUGCAGUCUUAAGUGAAAACACAGCUGGUAUGAAUCAACGGUUGAAAAUCAGAUCACUGAUUUGAUGCGAGUCACUGCACAAACACAUGAUUAUUUAUGUCGUUGAACUCAUGUGUAACAGUAUUAAAGCAUACAUGAUGCUGAUCUGAAUGUUAUUACACUGAAACUCUCACUUGGACUCUUUAUCCCUCUAAGGGUCAGUAAAAUGGCAUAAAGAUGAAGAUAUGUGGUAAUUCUUCUCCUACUGUCUGUGGUUGAAAUCAACAAGUUUUGUCUGACAUUCUGAUUCUAAAUAACUAAAAUCAAUUAUUUAACAUUCAAAGAAAAGAGAUGCAAAGGAUCUCACACUCACAGAACAGAUACCAGCAUCCAAUUCUCGGGUAGUAGUGUCAAGUGAUAAAGUAAGUGGAAGAAAUAAAAGUAGAUCUAUCACAGGUUGGAGAAAAUAAAUAUUUUUCUUUUCACAACGAUGUACAACACCACAGGCUGUAGCAACUCACCUCUAAUAGAGCUGUCAUGUAUGUUUUAUGUUUGUUUUGUUUUGUGUCUAGUUUUGUAGACACUGUUUGUUUGUUGAAUGGAAACAAAAAACUGCAAUAAAAACAAUGAAAAAAAAACAAA